GAAGAAGAAGAAGAGGCAGAAGAGUGGCACGCACGAUUGAGUGGAGGGGCCCGUUUUAAAGGGAAACCAAUGUUGAGGUUCGUGGUGGGAAUAGCGGGGAUCUGGGCUGCAGGCAUCGAGCGUCAUAACACAAGCAGUGUGCCAUCCCCCUGUCUUCCUUUCAUGCCCCCCCCAUGUCUGUCCUCCCUGCCUGUUAGUGUCCCCACCUUGUCCCCUUAUUGUCCCUUGUCCAGCCUGAAGCCCUCCUCUCCCUCAUGCUUUGAACAAAUUGGACAGCAGUCCACUGCCAGUCCAAUGACUGCCUGGAUCGUCUUGCCUGUCAGCCUCUCUGCCUUCUCCAUCACAGGAAUAUGGAUAGUCUACGCCAUGGCUGUGAUGAAUCAUCACGUUUGUCCUGUGGAGAACUGGUCCUACAAUGUGACAUGUACAGAGGAGAUGGCCAGGCCAGGCUUCCCUAAGACGUGCUGCACCAUACAGGACAUCCCCCUCAUCAGUAAAUGUGGCUCCUUCCCUCCUGAGAGCUGUCUGUUCAGUCUGAUCGGGAACGUCGGAGGCUUCAUGGUGGUGAUGGUGUGCCUUCUGCGCUAUGCCCAGGUGAUUGAGCACAGCCACGGUUGCUGGAUUAACACCAAUGCCCUGUUGUCUGGCUGCACCAAUGCUGUAGGACUGGUCAUGGUGGGAAACUUCCAGGUUGACCAUGCCAAGUCUCUGCACUACGUUGGCGCGGGCGUGGCAUUCCCAGCGGGUCUGCUCUUCGUGUGCUUGCAGUGUGUUCUCACCUACCGGAUGGCCAUCACCGCCCUUGACUACUGGAUGGCACACGUCCGCGUAGCGCUGGCCGCAGGAGCCCUGGUCUCACUUGUCCUUAGUGGUAUCUUCUUCAUCCACGAGAGCUUUGUUCUCCAGCACGCAGCAGCCAUCUGCGAGUGGGUCUUCACCGUGGACAUCCUUGUCUUCUACGGCACCUUCACCUACGAGUUUGGCACGGUCACCAACGACACCAUGAUGGUCGGCCUGCAGCAGACCCACCACCACUCGGGGGUCAUGAUGGGCGGCACGGCCGGGGCCAUGUCGCUGGGCAUGGGAGCCAAGGGCCUAAAGUCCCCUGGAGGAAGCAGCACAUCCACCCAUCUCAACUGCACCCCAGAGAGCAUAGCCAUGUUGUAGCUCUGCAGGGGCAAAGGAGAUCACCACACUGCUGCAGAGGGGAACCACCACACAGGCAGCAGGAGUCGAUGAUGGCACUGGCCAGCCAGAGGGAGGAGACAAGACAUUGAAAAUCACAAGAUAUGAUUGACGCACCGGGUCGGUAUUGCUGUAUUGGGUUUUUGUGUUUUAAUAAGCCAUCCGCUUCUCCACUACGGUCGAAUUUCCUUCGCUUCAUCAGCAGAAAGGAACACUUACACAAAGAAUACAUAUCUGGGAUGAUGAGGGGCGAUGAUGCUGUGACUGUUUCCAAGAUGGCUACUGGCCUCUCUGCACUCUGACGUGAUACCUUCUUUCUUAAAGAUCAGUGUUUGAACAGUCACUGAGGCUUUUGCCAGUGUUCAUCCUUGACAUGUUGGGAUGACAGACACAAAAUAAGGUUUUAUUUUAUAUGCCAACUUUUGUUUUCUGCCACAUUUGACAGACUUCCUCUACCUGGCCAUGGCUUGUGGUGGGGCCCGGUCUCUCAUGCCAUUCAACUCUGCACGCUACAAUUUGAAUGAGAGAGUAGUGUGUCAUUGGAUUGACCAGACUGAGUUUUUUUAUUUUGUCUGUACUCUGCCAAUGUUAAUGCAUCGUAAUAGAAAAUAUUGAAUGUUUGAGAAGAUAGAUAGAUUGUAUACUGUUAUGUACAUGACAGUUCAGCCUGGCCUCAGAGCAAUACGAAAUGUACUAAAUGUAUUUCUGAGCACCUCCAAGACGUAUGAUACCUACUAAUGGUUUAGUUACUUGACACAAACUAAAGUAGGGAGGUUGGUCAAAGAGGAUGGGUGGGCGUAACCCGCGACAGACUAGCAAGCCAAAGGUUGCAUGUUUUAGAAACGUCAGGGACAACUAUAGCAUUUUAGCUAACCCUGAUUGUAAACGUAACCAAAUCCACCUAACCUUUGUCAUUCGUUCCCCUAACUGCCAAUGUUAAUUCUCCUUUGUUAUGGUGCAACAAGCAACCUGGUCUCAAAUAAAGAUGUGCAAUACUAUACGUCCUCCAAGAUAAGUUGUCUUCCAAUUCGUAUGCUAUUGUACGACCGGGUAACACGUAUGAUACUAUAGGUCCUCUAAUUUGUAUCAUAUUGUACGACUGCUAUUCCAUUCAUAAUGUAACUUAACAUAAUUGAUGUCUCAGAUUUACAUACAGAAUAAUACGAUUAGCCCUGAGACCAAGUUGAACAGGUUGUACGCACACCUUUUUAUUGAUCAAUCAAGUAUAAAUGAACUGCAGAAGGAUUUGUGAAAUUAGCAAUGUCAUUUAACAAAAACAUUUACACAUUUUGUGCACAAUACCUGCCCAAGACCUCUAAUAGCGGCCUCAAAAGGGCAAGUGAUAUGACUUGAUUUCUUAUUGUUUAAAAUGUUAUCUCUGUUUAGUGAUUAUAUUAGUUAUUCCCUAGAUAGAUGUACAUAGCAUUUCAUACAUCUAUAAAAUGCUAUCUAGCUGACAGAAUGCUCACACAAACUUGCUGGUCUUUUCUGCCCCUCUUUUACUGGGUCAACCUCUGCGUCUCAAUCACUCUUGUUUGAUUUGUUUUAUAUUGCCUAUUCAUGUUGCCUCUGAAUUUCUCUCACUUGUUACCUACUGGUUACAUGGCUUGUUUUUUUUUUUUAGGUCACCUUACUGUUUUCAAUCUUUGUUUGGUACGGUAAUGGCCCAUUCAUCCGCCAAAGUGUAUCCCAGAGUAGUGGAGUUCUGCAUUUUGCCAGGUGUUUAACUAUUCAUAGAAAGAUCUCACAUAUUGCUCUUCAUUUCUGAUCUGCAGUUUUAGCUAUAGUACAACAUGUAAUGUACACAAUUUAAAAGUCCACUGGUUGGCUACAAUCACAGGUUGGUGGCACCUUAAUUGGUGUGGAUGGGCUCGUGGUAAUGGCUUGACUGGAAUGGUAUCAAACAUGGUUUCCAGGAGUUUGCCAUUCCAUGACUUCCGUUCUAGCCAUUAUGAGCCAGGCUCCACUGGCUACAAUCCAUUUUGAAAGGUGCAAAUUUUACUCAUUUAACUGUCUUAUUUGGAAGAAGAAAGAAAUAUAUAUAUAUAUAUUAGGGAUAUCUACUAUUUUAAGUCAAAUGUUAUGUCACAUGCGUUGUGAACAACCUUUGUAGACUAACGGUGAAAUGCUUACCUACAGGCCCUUCCCAACAAUGCAGAGAGAAAGAAAAUGGAUGGAUUCUAGGCUGGUUCCUUGGAAGCCUUAUUUGGAUACUGUGAGAAAUACAAUCUCUGUAAGGUA